GUUACAACCACUGGCGUGUGCGGCUGGCCGGAAGCUGGGGCGGGACCGCGGGCACGAGGGGCCGCGCGAUUGGCGAGCCUGGACGCGGCGGCCCGGAGAUCCGGCGGAAGUUGCUCUGGCCCCGCCCCCGGGGCGGAGCCUGCGCCUGCGCGGCCCGGGUCCCACCGCGGCUACACGCGCGCGGAGCCGCCGGCCGCCCUGGAGCUGCUGCGGGACGUGCACCGGGGCCUGGCGCCGCCCUGCCGGAGCCCCGCGCGCCUGGCCGUCCUCUCGGGCCAAUACCUUUACUACCACUACGGCUGCGACGGGCUGGACGACCGCGGCUGGGGCUGCGGCUACCGCACCCUGCAGACGCUGUGCUCCUGGCCGGAGGCCCAGCCGGCGGGCGUGCCUGAGCUGGCGGCGGUGCAGGGCGCCCUGGAGGACAUGGGCGACAAGCCGCCCGGGUUCCGGGGCUCCCGGGGCUGGAUCGGCUGCGUGGAGGCCAGCCUGUGCCUUGAGCACUUCGGAGGGCCUCAGGGACGCCUGCGUCACGUGCCCCGCGGAGCCGGGCUCCGGGGAGAGCUGGAGCGGCUCUACUCCCACUUCGCCGAGGGCGGAGGCCCAGUGAUGGUGGGGGGGGACGCGGACGCCCAGUCCAAGGCCCUGCUGGGGGUGUGUGAGGGCCCAGGCGCGGACGCCUAUGUCCUGAUCCUGGACCCGCACUGCUGGGGAACCCCGAAAAGCCCCAGUGAGCUGCAAGCUGCCGGCUGGGUGGGCUGGCGGAAGGUGGACAGUGCCUUUGACUCCAGUUCCUUCUACAACCUGUGCCUGACCAGCCGCGCCUGAAUCUGCACACCCUGCCGGCCGUGAGGGGCAGAUCCUGGAAGACUGGCCACGGCCAACUGUUUACUUCUCACGGGUCCACCGCAGCAUCCAGUCUGUGACAGGCAUGUGGACCUGAGUUCAAAGCCAGUCUGGUCUACACAGCAACUUCUAGGCCAGCCAGGGUUAAAAGACUGUUCUGAAAACGGUAAUAAAUUGGCCUAAUUCA